AUGAGGCUCCCUGCAGUGAUUGAACGGAUUCAGGCACAGCUGGCUGCAGCAGAGGCUGCACGGCGGAUGGAGGAGAUGAGAAUCAGCGAGGCCAAGGCAGCAUACGCGGCCAAGCUGAAAGACGCGUUGAAAUACCGCAAGCAGCAGGCAGCCGCAAAGGCAGAUGCGCAGCAGGAAGUCAUGGACGGGUCUCUGCUCUCCCUCAACAACGCUUUCUCCUACGCCAUGGCUGAUCAUUCUUCAAGGACUAAUACUGCCAAGGCUGCGUUCCUGGGCGCCGAUGCUGCUAGUGCUGAGCAGCUCAAGGCUGCUCUUGUUGUGGAUGAGCCGGGGUUUUAUGCCAAGCUGUGCAGGGAGACUGAGGGUGAAGAGGAAUUCAGGCCGGAGAUUGACGCCUACACUGGGGUUGUUUUUGCUGCAGCGCGCAAGCGGUAUGGUGCAGUAGAGAAGGCCAAGGCAGAGUUCCAAGCAGAAGUUGAGGAGGCUGUAACGAAAUAUUACAGCAAGCUGCAGAGCAUCCAGAGUGGAUUUGAAAAGGAGGCAGGGGAGGCGUCCAAGGAGUAUAUGAAAGAAGCCCGGACAAAGAUAUUCUGGAGGGAGGAGGCUCAAGCAGAAGCUGAUGUUGCAGCUUAUAAGCCUCCUCUCUAG